AUGACAAUGACUGAGACAGUUGUGGAAAGCAGCAAUAAGCCAAUUAAUCCCAAAAUUGGUAUCAUUUACCCUCCUCCUGAAGUUCGUAACAUCGUUGACAAAACAGCCAAUUUCGUCGCUAGAAAUGGACCCGAUUUCGAAUCUCGUAUUAGGCAGAAUGAAAUCAACAAUCCAAAGUUUAAUUUCCUGAAUCCCUCCGACCCUUAUCAUGCUUAUUACCAGCAGAAAGUUAAGGAUUUUACGGAGGGGAAAGCGACUGAAUCUUUGGGAAUGAAAGUUUUUCCCCCAUCAUCUGCUCGUCUUGCUCAAGAUGCACCCAAAAUCAUAAAGGAAACCUUCAUACCCAAGGAUCCCCCACCUGAAUUUGAGUUUGUUCAUGAUCCAGUUUCCAUUAAUGCUCAGGAUAUUGAUAUUGUCAAGCUCACUGCACAGUUUGUUUCUCGUAAUGGUAAACAAUUUCUAGUUAAUCUUAUGAAUCGAGAGACUCGUAAUUAUCAGUUCGAUUUCCUCCGUACUCAACACAACAUGUUUUCCUAUUUCACUAAACUUGUCGAACAAUACACCAAGGUGCUUAUUCCCCCUCGAGAUUUAAUCGCAAGUUUGGAUGAGGAGUUAAACAACCCCAAAUCAAUAUUGGAUCGGGUAAAAUAUCGUGUAGAGUGGCAUAAAUACCAGGAGAGACAACGGCGAAAAGAGGAAGAGGCUCAGGAAAAGGAACGUCUUGCUUACGCUCAAAUUGAUUGGCACGAUUUCGUUGUUGUUGAGACGGUUGAUUUCCAGCCUAACGAGACAGGCACCUUCCCCAUGCCUAUUACUCCAGAAGAAGUCGGUGCUCGAGCUAUUGCUGAUGAGAGAGGAGACAUGCUUUCACAGCAAAAUGAAAUGCCAAACAAUGCCCCACCACCUCCUGGUUCUUAUGACGCUCUUCCACCAGAACUGAAUAACAUGGAGGAUGAGGAGGAGAACUUGGAUGAGGAUCAGCACACUAAGGGAAUCGGUGUUCCAGCUGCUCCAUUUGUUGACCAAGAUGCGAUUCAAGAUGACGAAGCAGGAGGUGAGGACAUGGAACUAUCUGAUGACGAAGGUACAUCUAAUCCUAUUCCACCACCACCUCCUCCCCCCCAACAACCAUUUAAAGUCUCCCGACCACUUCCUCCCACUGCCGAUCAAGUACUCAUUCGUCAUGAUUAUGAUCCAAAAGCCGCUGCUGCUGUUAGAGAAGCAGCAGAGGCUCAGAAAAAUCAGGUCCUGUUUGUGUCACCAUUUACUGGUGAAAAGAUUCCAGCAAGUCAAGUACCUAUGCACAUGCGGGUUGGUCUGUUGGAUAACAAGUGGCUUGAACAGAGGAAUAAGGAGAUUCGUGAGAAAAGUGACCAAGAUCAAGUUUACGCCUCAGGCUCAGUCAUUGAGAGUAACUUGAAGCAGCUAGCUCAACGUCGUUCCGAUAUCUUUGGUGUGGGCGCUGAAGAGACAGCAAUUGGAAAGACGGCAGAGGAAAAAGAGCAGGGGUCUAAACCAGAGAAACUGAUCUGGGAUGGUCAUUUAUCGUCAGCAGAGGUGAUAGCUAAGAGAGCAAAGGACUAUAUUACUGCCGAGGAUGUAAGAGCUCAUUUUGAGGCUGAACAACAGAAGGAGUUAGAAAGAGCAAAGAUUGGUGUCCAGUUGCCCACUCAACAGAUUCCUCAAACGACUUUAUUCAUGACCGCUCCGCCACCGCAACCAACAGCACAGCAAAUGCAACAGGCUGCUUUCCUUGGUGGUAUGAUGAUGCCUCCACCUGCUGGCUACCCUCCCUUUAUACCUCCACCACCAUCUAUGAUGCAGGUACCGCCGGUACAGGCUCCCCUUCUCCCGUCAACUUCUUCAUUCGAAGAACCGGAGGCAAAGAAACCACGCACUAAUGAGUGA